ACGUGGCACGGGGGGCGGAAGAACUUGUUUGUGUUUUGGUUCUAAGGGGAAGUUGCGAGAAGAAAGAAAGGAGGAGACGUGACGGGAUUGUUGAAAUUAUUUUCUUGGUUCCCCAACACCACCUCACUACAGUACCCUGGGUUGUAAAUACUACAGCUGUGGUAUUUAUAGUUCAAAACAUCGUCUGGCUCUCAGCAGAACUCCUGAUAGUGAGGUUUGAGACACAGGACACCGAGGGAUCUGAGUAGGUCAUGGCCAAUCGGGGAGGUGCUACGAGACCCAAUGGACCCAAUGCAGGGAAUAAGAUCUGUCAGUUUAAGCUGGUGCUGUUGGGGGAGUCAGCUGUUGGGAAGUCCAGCUUAGUGCUCCGCUUCGUAAAGGGUCAGUUCCAUGAAUUCCAGGAGAGCACAAUAGGAGCUGCCUUUCUCACCCAGACAGUGUGUCUAGAUGACACAACGGUGAAGUUUGAAAUAUGGGACACUGCAGGUCAGGAGCGCUACCACAGUUUGGCACCCAUGUAUUACAGAGGAGCACAGGCCGCCAUUGUUGUCUACGACAUCACAAACGAGGAGUCCUUUGCACGGGCAAAGAACUGGGUGAAAGAGCUGCAAAGACAAGCUAGCCCUAAUAUAGUCAUUGCUCUGUCAGGCAACAAGGCUGAUCUAGCCAACAAGAGAGCUGUCGACUUCCAGGAUGCCCAGUCCUACGCAGAUGACAACAGUUUACUUUUCAUGGAGACAUCGGCCAAGACAUCUAUGAAUGUGAAUGAGAUAUUUAUGGCUAUUGCAAAGAGAUUGCCGAAGAGUGAGCCUCAGGCUCCAGGAGCCAGCAGCGGGCGGAACCGAGGAGUGGACCUGACAGAAGCUGCCCAGCCAGCCAAGGCUCCUUGCUGCAGUAACUAACGUGAAAAACACCUCCUCCCCGACCAACCUGUACAGCAGUAACUAAUGCGGCCAAUGCCCCAAAUGUCGCUGCAGUUUCUAAUGCAAUUAGUUGUACUCUUAUCUUCCGUUCUUUCAUUUGCAAAACAAGAAAAGUUCCCCCCACCCCCACCCACCCACUCACUCUCUGUCUUCUUGCAGUAAUGAAGUCAAUGCCGCCACGUUGAUAUCUUCCUCUUUUCCUCCAUCACAGUUCUGCUGCUGCUUGGUUAAGCCCCCCACACCAUUUUUUCCUAUUUUUCUGCCAUCCAACUAUUCACAUCUGUCAAUUAUUAUUGAUGGAUUGAUGAUAUUAGUGCACCCUGCCCUCCAUCAUCUUCCUCCCAACUUGUAUAUAUGGGUUUCAUUUAGAGGAAGUGGUCACUUCCCUUUUUCUGGGAUAGCUUAAGACUUUACUACUGCAUUUCUAAUACCAGUCUUGUUUUUGUUCAUUUUUUGAUAAUUUUGUUAAAUAAUGUUUGCUAUAAUUUUUGUCAAAAUUAUGGAUGCACAUACUUGUAUACUUACAUGGCCUAAAAUUGAAAACAAAACUGUGUUUUACCUUUUGUCUGCAGUUGCACAGAAAAAAAUGUCUAUUAGAGAAGAGGAGAGUAUUGUGAAUCUGAGAAAGGCAGAGGAUGAAAAGAGAGAGAGAAGGAGAGGAAGUUCCACACCUCUGUCUUGCCACGGGACCUUUUUAUUUUAAAGUUACAUCAUUCAUGAACUGUAGUCCUUUUAGAAUAUCCCUCUUUCUCUCUCUGUCUGAUUCCUUCUAUCUGCCCAUGCUGUCCAUGUUUUUUCCCCCGACUAAACCCGAAGUAGCACUAGUGUACAUUGUCUUCUACCACCCUAAGGCUCCAUUCUGGGGCCAUGCCUGCUUCUAGCUGUCCCUAGUGGCAUUGUGCAAUGUUUCACAGUAUUUAUUCUGUGACUUGAGUGUCUGCAAGGACAUAUGCAGCGCAGCAAAACUCUCAAUUCCACCCAACUUUCUCCACAAGAAGGCGCAGGGAGGGUCUGAGAUACACAUGAGUGUCACCACCUCUGCAGUGUCCUUUCAUAAAUCUUGUGUAGACCAUCCCUUUGUGGUCAUACUGGGUUCUCCAGGUGUGUGUGUGUUUGGAUGAUUUUAGUUGACAUGGAUGUUCUUCUCAGUUAUGUUAAUGUUGCUGGACGUGUGCUGGGUCUGCACCUGGUAAAAAGCAAAGGCGGUGGUGGUCAGUUGGAAGUUGCAGUAUGUAAGGUUGCUUCAUAAUCACAUUUGAAUCAUAAUUAUUUGUCAUCUUCUCUUGACUAGGAAGUGCUUUAUACACAGUUGUGUGUCAGUUUGUACAAACUGCGCCUGGGCUGGCUGGCUGAUGACAGAUUUUAUCCAUUGACUCACUCACACGUGCCCAUUUAUUUGUGUUUGUGUGUGUGUGUGUGAAUACGCAUUUGCACAUGAACACACAUUGCAUUGACUUCUUCCCUCUGAACCCCUCUCAGAUCUAAAUGUUAUUGUACAUAAGCACACACUCUGUUACACCUCUCCUUUACUUAUGUUGAGCACACCCUUUUUUUUCCCUCUACCCCCAUCCCCCCACUGUACGUUGUUACAUACACACAUACCACACAAACAGACACACAUACAUAUAUGUACACAUUUAGUACAUCUGGUCAAUAACUCUUUUUACAAGUCUGUCUUACUCAUGCCUUGCACUAAUGAUGCUCAUUAAUAUAUCCUGUCAUAAUUACAGCCAGUGUGAUAUAAAUAUAUAUAUAUAUAAAAUAUAAAUAUAUAAAUAAUAUACUGUAAAUAGGGUGUUGCAGUGUAGUCUUACUUUUUUUUUUUUUUUUUUUUUUGGAUUUACAGUACUAAUGCUUGCUAGGGGGUUGUCUAGAUAAUCAUAAAAAAACUGUACAGUUAGCUGAAAAAGAGCUACAAUCUGGGUUUGGAGUCUUUUUUUUUUUGGAGGUUUUUUCCCCACACAAAUGGUUAAAUUAUAAUCAUUGGUGGUCUUUAUAAAUGUAUGUAGUAUUAUUAACAAAAAGAUGAAAUUGCAUUUAUUUAGUCGUCUGUCUUGUACCCUUUUCUCAAAAGGAAAAAAAAUAAUAUCCAGCUGUUUUGGUUUCUAUUUUUUAACAUUAUCUCUUUAUUGCAUUUCACUAAUUCCUUAUUUUGGGGUAUCAGGCUACUGCGUUGUCCAGUACUCCUUCUUGUAAGUAGACCUGAACUUCCAGAGACGCUGGUGGUCAAAGCUCCAGGGGAGUCAGACACAAUACAAAACAGGUUGAUUAACCAACAGUCUGCCCCUCGAUAACAUCUUAGUAACCUUAUGAAGAUAUUGUAGGAACAGUUUAACAGCUAUCAGGACAGCACGAUGGUGAUUCAUGAAUAAAUGAAUUAACUCAUAAUAAGGAUAUAAAUUGUAUGUUUUUUGCCGUGAACACUUAAUUGCAGCCGAAAACAUUUAAAUGCAAGCAUUUUACAGUACUGUUAUGUAAUGACCAAAUAAAUAUGGAAAUAAAUUUGAUCAUUUAUUAUUGUAA